UCUGAGUGACAGCCAUGCUGACCCCACCGCAGGAAGGGAUGCCCAGCAUGAUAGACAAGGCGCUGAGGAUGAGGAGGGAGGAGCAGGCUCGGCAGAUCGUUCUCGCCUGGGCUGUGCUCAACGUCUCUUUAGCUGGCAUGAUUUACACGGAAAUGUCAGGGAAGCUGCUGAGCAGGUACUACAACAUCACCUACUGGCCAAUCUGGUACAUCGAACUGGUCCUCGCCUCUCUUUUCAGUCUCAAUGCUCUUUUUGACUUCUGGAAGUAUUUCAAAUACACAAUGUCUCCGUCCUCCAUUGCUGUUACUCCUCAGCAGCAUCACCUUCUGGGUCUGAGGAACACAAAUAUCCAGCCCUCUCCUCCACAAAAGCCAGAGAAGAAAGAGACUCCAGCUCCCACCCAGUCCUCUCCGCUCCAGGGCCAGAGUGUGCUGAGCUUCAGUCCCUCUCGCCCCGCCUCCAGCAGCCCCAAGUUCUCCCCGAGCUGUACACCGGGUUAUAGCCCCCCUCUCGGCAGCCCAUCCCCACCAAGCAGCGCAGGAGGACCUUUUACCCCCUCAGUGGCCUUUGGAAAGGUGCUGAACUACAGUCAGUCUUCAGGCUCUUCUCCCUAUCAGAACAGCAUUGGGUCAGCAGAAGGCUCUGGCUUGAGAGCUCGGUAUCGCACAUCUCCUUCGGUGUUUAACUCUCCAGGAAGCAAGGAAGACUACAUGGAGGAUCUGAAGAGUCUCGAGCGGUUCCUGCGUUCCGAGGAGGAAAAAAGUCACCGCAGUCAGCUCGGCAGUCCAGAGUCCGUGUCUCCAAGCCACAGCCCUACUUUCUGGAACUACAAUCGUUCUGUGGGAGAUUACGCCCAGAGCUUGAGGAAGUUCCUCUACCAGCCGGCGUGCCGCUCUCAGGCGCCGUCGGCACACAAGGACGAGACGGACCUGGGUUCUAAACACGCUGCAGAAGAGGUGUGGGCCAGAAUCACCACCAGCAGAGCCGUAGCGGAUCACGUCGACAGCUGGACAGCCAAGCUUAGAAAUUGGAUCAGUGACACCAUCUUGGUCCCUCUGAUCAAAGAAAUCGACUCUGUCAACAGCCAGCUGAGGAGGAUGGGCUGUCCGGAGCUCCAGAUCGGAGAGGCCAGCAUUAGCAGCCUGAGACAGGCAGCACUGAUGAAAGCUUCCUUAAUCCCCACGCUGACCUCUAUUGUCCAGUACCUGGACAUCACAUCCAACCAGGAAUAUCUAGUGGAUCGCAUAAGAGAGCUGUCUCACAGUGGCUGCAUGAGCUCCUUUCGCUGGAACGGUGGCGGUGAUCUGAAGAACAGGAAGUGGGACACGGAUCUCCCGACCGACUGCGCUAUCCUCAUGCAUAUGUUUUGCACAUAUUUGGACUCCAGGCUGCCCCCACAUCCAAAGUACCCGGAUGGGAAGACUUUUACUUCUCAGCACUUCAGCCACACUCCGGACAAACCUGAUGUUACCAAAGAGAACCUCUUUUGCAUCCACCAGAGCAGCACCACGCCCCCUCACUACCAGCUUAUAUACCAAGGACACAUCUAUAGUCUCCCUAAGGGAAGGAACAACCUAUUCCACACAAUCCUCAUGUUCCUCUAUGUCAUCAAGACCAAGGAGUCAGGGAUGCUGGGGAGGGUAAAUCUGGGCCUCUCUGGAGUGAACAUUCUCUGGAUAUUUGAGAAGUGAUGCAUCGUGUUUUAAAAGCAAAAAAUGGCUGCAAAUGCUGUUUUAUUUUCCUUUCAGUUCUUAAGCUGCAAGGAUCAGCUUAAAGAGAACUCUUCCGGGGUUCUUAAGCUUAACCCUAAACAGUUGUUUUGCUUUGAAAAGAGAAUUGCAUGAACAAUAAUGGACACUUCCACUUCUGUAAAGAUAGAUGCUGUAUUUUCAUUGACUAUUUCUGUUACAUCUUUUAGACCUGAUUGAUUUUUUUUU